CUUCCUGAACAGAUCCCUAAACCUAAACAGUAAACACGGAGACCGACAGAAAACUCGCACGGAUUGCAUUGUCUUUUGGUUUGGAAAACGGCGACACUGAAGUUGUCGUUGUUCUACGGAACUGAAGCUAUUAGAUUUCCGAUCCCAACAGAAAUGAUCUUGUCUUUUUUUUUAGUUAAAUUUCCGAUCCAGCAAUUUGUUUUCUUUCAAUGGAAGACACUGCGAUUCAAAGCAUUUAUCUUCCAUGCUUCUUCUUAGAGCUCGAGAGGCAUGACGAUUCCUGCAAAAGGAGACACAGGAUCGUUUCAUUGCUUCCUUGUCCAGUCUGGGUCAUAUCAAAGAUGUUUACUUGCCGAAAAAUCUGGGGAAGUUUUACGUCGUGUGUCGCCGUCCAAAUGCCCAUCUCGUGUUCGAUGAAAUGGCUGAAGGGAAAUUGGUUUCGUGGACGAGUAUGGUAUCUGCCUAUCUGUGUGUAUUGCAUGAUGGCAAUUUAAGGGAUGGGCUAAGGAUGUUCUCUUCAUUUCGUCAUCCAUGGUUUGAGGUAGGUAUGGGCAGAGGCUGAAAUAUUAGUUUGAAGCGUGUAAUUUCUGUGAUGGUUCGGUGGUUGGCUUGUAUUCUGAAUCUGAGGAUACUACUACAUUUGUAUGAAGAAACGGGUUAUAUUGUUAACGUUUUAGUCCAUUUUUAUGAAGGAAUGACUUUGAGCUUAUUGUCUGAUAUGAUGAAUCUUGGCAUGCUACACCAAUAGCCCUGUUCGAGCUUGCGCCCUGUUCUAUUCUUCCUUGGAUAAUCACGAGCAUUUUAGAAGGUGAAUCUAGCUUUAGCCCUGGGAAUGGUCUUGCUGAAGUGUAUGGAAACAUCAGGGAAGACAACGACUUUGAGAGAUGUCUUUUAGAGGAAUGAAAAAGCCAAAUGCGUUCACAUGGGCUUCAACGAUAGCAGGUUUCGGAGAAUCUUGAUUGUUUGUGGAAGCUCUUGCAUCUAUUUCGAGGUAUGCUCCUUCCCGCCAAACCUGUGAAACAAUGAGAAUUCACAAUGGUUGGAGUUAUUAUUGUUGAUUUUUGAAGAAGAGAUAUGCUACACCUUUUCUUCUAUAAUCAUUUUUCCACUAUAAAUCUUGUCUGCGUGUCUACUGUCUGGUCUCUUCACAUCACUUUUGAGAAUAUUUGCCAGAAGGUUCAACAAGAUGGGGUUCAUACAUAGUCAGUUGCUGCAUAGUUGCAAGCCUGGAGUUCAGCUGACUCAAUUCUGGGAUCCAUGUGCGUGAGUUUAGUUAGAGGCAGUAAAACUCGAAGCAGCUGAGAUGCUUUAAAAUAUUGUUUUGGGGUUUCUUGCUCUCUGAAUUUUUCAACUUUCUGGAAGCCAAAAGAAGAAAGUUCAAAGCAUAGAGGUGGCGACGAUAAAUCCGGAAAGGGAAAGGAAAGAGACAAAUGCUUGGAGUUGGUCAUGCCCACCACCACCUUUAUCCGUUGAAAAAUCUUCUCCACCUCACUCUUUUUGACCCAGAAAACAAAAAUGUGUUCUUUAUCCUUAAUUUCCUGUUUGUGAGGCUCUCCGACAAGAAGAUGCGCAACAAAAAGACACGCACAGGCAGUUUUCACCCACAUUAUAUUCUCCCUUUAUAUCCCCAAAUCUCUCUUAUAUCUGGGGCCAAGGGAUAUACAAAUGGUCACUUUUGAAUAUGAGACUUCAUUUUCCAAUUAAAAGAUUCCGCUUUUAUUGCAACAUCAUGAGCUUCCGAGACAAAUGGAUGCUUACACGGCUAUUGUCAUUAUCCUCUGUGCUUCUGUUAUGGUCAUCAAUGUUGUAUCGUGUUGCUUCACUUGCUUCUCCAUUCUUUUCAGCUCCAUUGCAGAAAGAAAUCAGAACCCAAGUGACCUGAGGAGGAAACUUUUGGACCCGAAAAAAGAUUUCGUGGACGAGAAGGUAAUUACUGACACGAGCAAAGAAGGGUUGGUCUCGACCGCCAUUGAUGGUGCUUGUGGUGAGGAUUGCGGCCAUGAGAUUUGUGCGUGUUGAUCUUUUUUUUUCUGGGUUUGGUUUUCAUGUAACGAUACUUUGAGGCCCUUUGAACUGAACAACUUCCUUGCUAUAAUUCUCGGAUUUUUUUUGUCCCUUUUGGGAUUCUUACUGAGAUGUUUUCUUGUA